CUGAUGUUUUGCUUAUUCGUUAUUUGCACAAUUUGACGUCUUCAUUUUCUGGUUAACACCAAGGAUUAUAAUGUCGUGCUACGGAUUAUAUGUUAUAUUUUUAAUUGGUACUGUUAAUUUAUGUGAGAGCUCAGGGAAAGUCCGUUUGGCCGAUGUCACAACGCUAACAUUAUAUCGAGAUAAGUAUACCACAGGAAGAAGAUCUUCUCCAAUUCCACAAAUUCAGUGUGUCGGAGGAUCGGCAGAGGGGAAGUUUGAACCUAGAGUUGUCCAAUGUUACAACAAAGGUUAUGAUGGCAUCGAUGUCCAGUGGGAGUGUAAAGCUGAGAUGAGCGAUCAGUAUGAAUUUGGAGAAAUCCGCAUAUCUUGUGAAGGAUAUGAUUACGCAGAUGACCCGUACAUCUUGCGAGGUUCUUGUGGCUUGAAGUACAGCCUGGAAUAUAGUCGCGCAGGAGGGAGCAAUUAUGGUGACGGCAAAAAAGUACCAAGUGCACCAACGUAUAAGAAAGAUCAUGAAUUUGGUUCCUUGACAUUUUCGACUAUAGCCAUUUUGCUUUUGUUUUUCUUUGUAGUCUACUACAGUUGUUUGCAACCCACUGCUGGUGAUAACAGGACACGUCGCAGUGGAUGGGGUUGGGAUCAAGGACCACCACCUCCACCAGGCAACGGAAGACCACCACCGCCAGGUUUCAAAAGCUUUACACAUCCAACCGAUGCACCUCCUACAUACGAAGAAUCUUUCUAUAACGCAGCCGGUGCACAAUCUCAGUCCAGUGGACCUGGUUUCUUUUCUGGUCUUGGAUUGGGCGGCUUAGCUGGUUACUUGUACGGCAGGAGCCAGAACAGUGAAGACAGUUUCUUUCGAAGUAGAAGAUCGUAUGAGCAAGAUGGUUCCCGGAGCUCUUCACAUGGUAGGUAUAGGAAUGAUUCGCCAGGGCCUUCAACAAGUCGAACAACGUCAGGUUUUGGUGGUACAGAAAGAAGGUAACGCUGUUACACUUGGUUUUGUGUUCUGCGUCCCUUUGAGUUGUUGGCAAAGGAUGUGCCAUAUUUUAUAUAUUAAAUUACUACCAAACAUGAAUUUUUACUGGACUACUGAGCUUGAUUUAUUUUGAUGUCUUUAUUUUCCUUGAUUUAUGUACGUUUUCAUUCUUAACAGUGGUUAGUUUGUUCUUAUUUAUUAUUUCUAUUUCUAUAGAAAAUGGAAUCAGAUUUUGAGCAAAUCUUCAGUACUACAUUUUUUGUAAAAAAGACUUUCC